GAAUUGAGUCCUUGGGACAGAAACUGGUUGGUAGAGCUGACGAUGCUGGAUGCCACCCCAUCCUCUACAGGAGCCAUUUGGGCAGCCCUGUUGGUGUGUUUGAGCUGGACUCCAGGCUGAAGAUCCUUUCUUAGUCAGGCCCUGCUGCACCUUGCCCAUGGGUUGCAUAGUGGGGUGCUGCAUCCUGGCUUGUCUGCUUUGGAUACCUCACCAUUGCCCAUUUCACCCGCAGAGGCCCUGGGGUCUGAGCUGGGCCAGCAGGAGCCGAUGGUCUUUGGCAGCGGGGACACUGUGGAGCUGAGCUGCCAUCCACCCAGAGGUAACCCGGGGGGCCCCACAGUUUGGGUCAAGGAUGGCGAGGGGCUGGUGUCCUCUGACCGGAUCCUGGUGGAGCCCCAGCGACUACAGGUGCUGAAUGCCUCCCAUGAGGAUGCUGGGGCCUACAGCUGCUGGCAGCAGCUCAUGCAGCGUGUACUGUGCCGCUUCAGCGUGCACGUGACAGAUGCCCCCUCCUCAGGAGAUGACGAAGAUGGGGAAGAUGUGGCUGAAGACACAGGGCCCCCAUACUGGACUCGACCUGAGCGGAUGGACAAAAAGCUGUUAGCCGUGCCGGCUGCCAACACUGUGCGCUUCCGCUGCCCGGCUGCCGGCAACCCCACACCCUCCAUCUCCUGGCUGAAGAAUGGCAAGGAGUUCCGAGGGGAGCAUCGCAUCGGAGGCAUCAAGCUGCGGCAUCAGCAGUGGAGCCUGGUCAUGGAGAGUGUGGUGCCCUCGGACCGUGGCAACUACACAUGUGUGGUGGAGAACAAGUUUGGCAGCAUCCAGCAGACGUACACGCUGGAUGUGCUGGAGCGCUCCCCACACAGGCCCAUCCUGCAGGCGGGGCUGCCGGCCAACCAGACCGUGGUGCUAGGAAGUGAUGUUGAAUUCCACUGCAAGGUGUACAGUGACGCACAGCCACACAUCCAGUGGCUAAAGCACGUGGAGGUGAAUGGCAGCAAGGUGGGCCCUGACGGCACACCCUACGUCACUGUGCUCAAGUCCUGGAUCAGUGAGAAUGUGGAGGCAGACGCGCGCCUCCGCCUGGCCAAUGUGUCGGAGCGGGACGGGGGCGAGUACCUCUGUCGAGCCACCAAUUUCAUAGGCGUGGCUGAGAAGGCCUUUUGGCUGCGCGUUCACGGGCCCCGAGCAGCAGAGGAGGAGCUGGUGGAGGCGGACACAGCUGGCAGUGUGUAUGCGGGCAUCCUCAGCUCCGGGGUGGGCUUCUUCCUCUUCACCCUGGUGGUGGCAGCCGUGACGCUCUGCCGCCUGCGUAGCCCCCCCAAGAAGGGCCUGGGCUCUCCUACCGUGCACAAAGUCUCCCGUUUCCCGCUCAAGCGACAGGUAACAGUGUCCUUGGAGUCCAACUCGUCCAUGAGCUCCAAUACGCCACUGGUCCGCAUCGCCAGGCUGUCCUCGGGAGAGGGUCCCACACUGGCCAACGUGUCUGAGCUCGAGCUGCCUGCUGACCCCAAGUGGGAGCUAUCCCGGUCCCGGCUGACCCUGGGCAAGCCUCUCGGGGAGGGCUGCUUUGGCCAGGUGGUCAUGGCGGAGGCCAUUGGCAUCGACAAGGACCGUGCCGCCAAGCCCGUCACCGUGGCUGUGAAGAUGCUGAAAGACGAUGCUACUGACAAGGACCUUUCAGACCUCGUUUCGGAGAUGGAGAUGAUGAAGAUGAUCGGCAAGCACAAGAACAUCAUCAACCUGCUGGGGGCCUGCACGCAGGGUGGGCCCCUGUAUGUGCUGGUGGAGUACGCAGCCAAGGGCAACCUGAGGGAGUACCUGCGGGCUCGGCGGCCCCCGGGCCUGGACUACUCCUUUGACACCUGCAAGCUGCCCGAGGAGCAGCUCACCUUCAAGGACCUGGUGUCCUGUGCCUACCAGGUGGCCCGGGGCAUGGAGUACCUGGCCUCCCAGAAGUGCAUCCACAGGGACCUGGCUGCCCGCAAUGUGUUGGUGACUGAGGACAACGUGAUGAAGAUCGCCGACUUCGGCCUGGCCCGUGAUGUUCACAACCUCGACUACUAUAAGAAGACCACCAAUGGCCGGCUGCCUGUGAAGUGGAUGGCACCUGAAGCCCUGUUUGACCGAGUCUACACCCACCAGAGUGACGUCUGGUCCUUUGGGGUCCUGCUGUGGGAGAUCUUCACGCUAGGGGGCUCGCCAUACCCUGGCAUCCCUGUGGAGGAGCUUUUCAAGCUGCUGAAGGAGGGCCACCGCAUGGACAAACCAGCCAACUGCACGCAGGACUUGUACAUGAUCAUGCGGGAGUGCUGGCAUGCCGUGCCCUCGCAGAGGCCCACCUUCAAGCAGCUGGUGGAGGACCUGGACCGCAUCCUUACUGUAACAUCCACCGAUGAGUACCUGGACCUGUCAGUGCCCUUUGAGCAGUACUCUCCCGGUGGCCAGGACACGCCCAGCUCCAGCUCCUCGGGGGGCCCCAUGCCCAAGCCCAGUGCGGAUGGACACAGACAGAUGCUGCAUCUCUGUGAGGGAGAGGUCUCGAGGCCCAGGCACAAGGUCCCCGGGGCAUCUGCGCUGCUGUACAAGGCCCUCCUGAGUGACUGGCACCAGGAGGCCAAGGGACCUUGCUCCGGGGAUGCCAGACUUAGAAUGUAAGGGGGCUCCCACCUCCCUCAACCCCACUGCCACCUCCAGGGAGCAUCUCAGAGUGGGCUGCGCCCCCCUCCAGUCCCCCAAGCUGAGCCUGCAGGGUAUCCCCUUGCAGCGAGUCCUGACCCCGCAGGGCAUCUUGCACCUGGGGCUGAGCAGAAGCUCCCCCACUUCCCACCCUGCCCCUCAGACUGAAAUUACGGGUACCUGAACGAGGGAGCCUUUACCUUCUAUCUGAAAGGGUUAUUCAAGAAAUGAGUGUACAUUUCUAUAAAUAGAUGCUGUGUAUAUGGUAUAUGUACAUAUAUAUAAGAGUAUCUAUGUGGGAGAGGAGGUGGCAGGGCCUGUGUGGGGAGGGCCCAUGGGGGUGGGCGGAGGAGCAGAAGGGCUUUUCUGGCACCGCAAUUUUGUUUUAAAAAUUGUACCUACAAGUUCGAGGCCAGCCUGGGCUACUUAGUGAGUUCAGAGCCAGCCUGAACUACAAAGUGAGACCCUGUCUCCAAAAAAAUUGUACCUGGACCUGUAUAUUUGUAAAGCUAUUUAUCGACGCCCAAAUCCCUGGCCUCUCCACAUGAAUAGUGUUUAGCCGGUCACCGGCAGAGAUUUAAGUUGUAACUUAUUAAUAGCUGAGGUGGUUUAUGCUGCGUUUCGAGGUGGUGAGAAUGUACGUUCAGCCGCAGGCCGCCUCGCAGGCUGUGUUGCUGGAGGUGGGUCCAGUGAGCAUUUUUCCUUUGGCCUUUUGCAGGGGAAUUAGAUUUCUACAGGAUCUUUCUUUAGAUUUAUUUUUUGGACUUCAGAGCAAGCUGGUAUUUUCAUACAGAUUCUUCUAAUUACUGUGUAUUCCAGGCAGCAGCCAGUGUCCAAGGAGGGCCGGCUCUGCAUGCAAGUUCAGAUGUUAUUAGAUGUUACAAGUUUAUAUGUAUAUAUAUAUGUAUAUGUAUAAUUUAUUGAGUUUUUACAAGACAUAUUUGCUGUAGACUUAACACUUCUUACGCAAUAUUUUUAGACUUUUUAUAGCCUGGACUGCUACCUUUUAAAGCUUGGGAGAGAGACGUGAAUUUGUCUUUUUUUUUUGGUACUGGGGAUUGAACUCGGGCCCUUGCACUUGCAAGGCAGGCAGCAGAACCACUGAGCUAAAUCCUCGGCCCUUGUGAAUUCAGUUUUGUUCCCUUUUGUACUGUUUUUGGGCCCGAGCCUGAGUGGCUCACACUGCCCGUCUAUCGCUUGCUGGCCAGCCAGCAAGGCUGGGGCGGCCACUUGGAUCUUUCCUCAGGGCCCAGCCAUGGCCAGAAGUGUUGGCCCACACCAGCAGAUGUGACUUUGUUAACCCAGAUGUCCUUUCCAAGAAUAAAGAGACACUGGUUCCCA